AUGGUGGAGGUGGAGGAGGAGGAGGAUGAGAAGGAGAAAGCGAUUGCCAAUGACGAGGUGAUCGCUCGUGCCAUCCAUGACACAGAACUCAUCAGCGCAACCGAGGAAACGACAGAGGCCAUUGUCAGUGACGAGGCCAUUGUCAGUGACGACGCCAUCGCACACCUCUUGGCGGAGGAGGUGGAGAUGGGCGGUGACUCCGACACUGAUGAUAGCGUGGAGGAGGAGGAGGAUGAGGAGAUGGGUGGCAACUUUGACACUGACGAGGAGGAGGAGGAGGAGGAGGAGAUGGGCGGCAACUCCGACAUGACUAACAACGACAAGGAGGAGGAGGGUGAAGAGAUGAGUGGCAACUCCGAUAUGACCAGUGAUGACAGGAGGAGGAGGAGGAGGAUGAGGAGAUGUGCGACUCCGACAUGA